AUGGCCCCAACUUUUCUCGUCACGGGCGCAACAGGCAAUCAAGGUGGCGCGGUAGUCAAGCACUUACUGGCCGCAGGAGCUGCAAUCCAUGCAGUCGUCCGGGACGUCUCAUCUGUGAAGGCACAGAAGCUGAAGGAGCAGGGCGUCGCCUUGUUCCAGGGCACGCACGAGGAGCCCGAUGAGGUCUUCCGGGAGGCCGCAAUGGGGUGCACCGGGUUGUUCCUCAACCCCUCAGUCUUCGACCCUUCCAUCGCAAAGUCCCAUGCCACCGCCAUCAUCAACGCCACCAAAUCUGGCUCUUCCUCCCUAACCACCAUCGUCCUGUCCUCCACCCUCCGCGCGAACGAAAUGCACACCCAACUCCCCCUCCUCACCACCAUCGACCCUUCCGGCUUCCUCGCAGCAUACUACACCGCCAAGCACGCCGUCGAGGAAGCCGUGCGCAAGAGCGGCGUGCCCAAUAUCACGAUUCUGCGUCCGGGUGUGCUGUAUCACGACUACCUCCCUCCCUGGUCAACUUACGUGUUUCCGGAGCUGGUGAGUGAGGGCCUGUUGCCGACGCGUCUGGAUGAGGGAAUUGAGAUUGCGCAUGGGAGUGCGGAUGAUGUGGGGAAGUUUGCGGCGGCGGCGUUGUUGGAUCCGGGGAAGUUCAGGGGGAAGGAGAUUGAUCUGGUGAGUGAGAGUUUGACGGCGGAGGAGGCGGCGAGGGUUCUUGGGGAGGUUGGUGGGAGGAGUAUUGCGGUGAAGAGGGGCAAGGCGACGGGGAAUAUGGGGUUGUUUCAUUUGUUGUCGAAUAAGCAGAGGAAGGAGGUUGAUGUGGAGGCGCUGGAGGAGAAGUGGGGGAUUGGGUUGGUGAGGUUUAGGGAGUUCCUGGAGGAGAAUCGGGAGCGGUUGUUGAAAGGGUUGCCGAAGGAGGGUGGUGCGGAUGGGUCUGCGAAGUAG